CCUCUUUCCGAUUUCCCCCGAUUGCUCGCACCCACCUUUCUCAUCCCUGAUUUCCAUGCCACUCACCAUUUCCUCCAUUUUACCGUCGUCGUACCAAGCAUGAGUUGCAACGGUUGCCGCGUUCUUCGAAAGGGCUGCAGCGAGUCCUGUAUUCUUCGCCCUUGCUUGCAGUGGAUUGAGACCUCCGAGGCCCAAGGCCACGCCACUGUCUUCGUCGCCAAGUUCUUCGGCCGCGCCGGCCUUAUGUCCUUCAUCUCCGCUGUCCCCGAAUCUCAGCGACCUUCUUUGUUUCAGUCUUUGUUGUUCGAAGCCUGUGGACGCACUGUUAAUCCCGUCAACGGCGCCGUUGGCCUUCUAUGGACUGGCAACUGGCAUGUUUGUCAAGCCGCCGUUGACACCGUCUUACGAGGCGGCACGUUGCGGCCGAUCAACGAUUUCCUCGCCGCUGGUUCUCCCAAUCUUUCCUCCGACGACACUUCCGAGGCUGAAGUCGCCUGUACCGACAUGUGGAAGCUACGAGAUUCUUAUCCCAAUUCACGAUUCUCCAACUCCCGAUCCAGGCUCUCUCCGAAACGCAAGCGAUCCGAGGAAUCAUCCACCAAGAACCAACUGAACGACCUAAAUCUCCGGUUGACUCCUACUUUUGUAUCCAAAUCAACCCCGCGCGCCGCUACACCGUCAAUGAAUUCUGAGGAAUCCGAGACCACUACGUGCUUCGAGAGUGGCCUGGGGGAUCACCAUCACUACUAUCCAGAAGAAGGAACCGCCCAACGGAAGCUUCUUAAUUUGUUCGUCUAAGGACCAAAUUUUUGUUACACACGUUUGGCUUCAUGUGGUGCUGUGAAUCAGAGGUUCACAGCCGCAAAGACAGGCCAUAUUAGGCGAAAAUUUUUGUGGGUUUUACUUAAGAAA